UAAGAAAUGGUAAACAAUGGUUUUGAAAUAUUCCUUCUUUCUUUUUAGGAAAAUGUCUGAUGAAUUUUCGUUGGCAGAUGCACUACCUGAACACUCCCCUGCCAAAAACUCUGCUGUGAGCAAUACAAAACCUGGCCAACCUCCUCAAAGCUGGCCAGGUUCCAACCCUUGGAGUAACCCAAGUGCUCCACCUUCUGUGCCAUCUGGACUCCCAUCAAGUGCGACACCCUCCACUGUGCCUUUUGGACCAGCACCAACAGGAAUGUAUCCCUCUGUGCCUCCCACUGGACCACCUCCAGGACCCCCAGCACCAUUUCCUCCAUCUGGACCGUCAUGCCCCCCACCUGGUGGUCCUUAUCCAGCCCCAACUGUACCAGGCCCAGGCCCCACAGGGCCAUAUCCUACACCAAAUAUGCCCUUUCCAGAGCUUCCAAGACCAUAUGGUGCACCCACAGAUCCAGCUGCCACUGGUCAUUUAGGUCCAUGGGGAUCCAUGUCUUCUGGACCUUGGGCACCAGGAAUGGGAGGGCAGUAUCCUACCCCUAAUAUGCCAUAUCCAUCUCCAGGGCCAUAUCCCACUCCUCCUCUUCCCCAGGCACCAGGGGCAGCACCACCUGUUCCAUGGGGCACUGUUCCACCGGGAGCCUGGGGACCACCAGCACCAUAUCCUGCCCCUGCAGGAUCAUAUCCCACACCAGGACUCUAUCCCACUCCCAAUAAUCCUUUUCAAGUGCCUUCAGGACCUUCUGGUGCUCCACCAAUGCCUGGUGGCCCCCAGUCUUACCAUUAAGGUUAACAAUGGAUGAAGAGAUGACGCUUUGCUUUUUGAAGUACAUAUAUAUGCACAUGCAUGCAUAUA